GUUAAAGGUUGAGUUCAAAUCACUGUCUACGACUGGAACAGUCCCCUCUCUAGAACAAAUUAGUCCAUACGAAUGUUGGGUGAUAACCUAGCUGUGUUACAUUGGCCAUUAAAACCUAUCCAGUCACGAACAGAUAUCGUCUACCAGUGAUUGCGAUGGGAUUUGUGAUGCGAAUCACCUUAAUGCACGGUCUUAGUCCUUAGAACUAUAACAAUAUUUCAGUUCGGAUUCCGUAACCUUACUCGAUAAUCAAACGCAAAUUUUUCAUUUUUUUUUUUCUAUUCAACACUGAGGUACAUAGGUAAAGAGUUCCCAAAGGGACUAUGGCAAAUUUCGCUUCGGUCAUGCAAAACAUCGAUAACGAACAACAACUGCAGCAAGCCAUCAACGACAAACAAGUACAUUCAACGACCGACAACGAAAAACAGCAAUACGUCUUAAAGCUGUACAAGUCACGAUGGGUCGUGCUAGUCGUGUUCAUGUUGUACUCAAUGUCCAACGCGGCCCAUUGGAUACAGUACAGCAUCAUAUCCAAUAUCACGGUCAAGUUUUACGGGGUGUCUAACUUUUUAGUAGACUUGACGUCGACCAUAUACAUGCUGGUAUACGUUCCACUAGUGAUACCGGCGUCUUGGUUACUCGAUCGAAAGGGUCUCAGAGUAGUAAUGGUGGUUGGCGCCGCCGGUACGGUAUUAGGCGCUUGGUUGAAAGUGUUCUCGGCCGAACCGGAUAAGUUUCUGAUAACUUUGCUCGGUCAAGGUCUUGUCGCUUGUUCGCAAGCGUUUAUCUUGAGUUUGCCAUCCAGAGUAGCAGCCGUGUGGUUUGGUCCAUCUGAAGUAUCUACUGCGUGUUCAUUAGGAGUAUUUGGCAACCAGUUAGGUGCAGCUUUAGGUUUUCUAAUCCCACCAAUGAUGGUUCACGACAGUGAAAACUUGGACGAGAUAGGAAACGAAUUGUGGACAAUGUUUCUGUCUUUCGCUAUAGUCAACUCAAUCGUAUUCAUAUUAGUUCUUUGGCUUUUGAAAGCCGAACCCGCGUUAGCACCGAGUCACGCUCAAAUCGUUCAACGGCAAAAUAGAGACGACCCGACAAUAGUGAACGACGCAUUCAUAAGCUCAAUGAAAGCCUUAAUGAAAACUAAUGGGUACGUUCUAUUGCUGAUCUCUUACGGCAUAAACGUCGGCGCCUUUUUCGCCAUAUCCACUCUACUGAAUCAAUUUAUUCUACUGUAUUUUCCGGGCCACGAAGAAGACGUCGGACGUAUCGGCCUCACGUUGGUACUAUGCGGCUUGGGCGGCUCGAUACUUUGUGGUUAUAUUUUGGACAAGACUCAUUUAUACAAAGAGACAACUCUGGUGAUAUACGCCAGCACGUUGGUGUCUAUGGUGAUCUAUACGUUCAGUCUAGCGAACAGCAAAUCCAUAUGGACGAUAUAUAUAACUGCUUCGCUGUUGGGACUUUUCAUGACUGGAUACCUACCGGUCGGCUUUGAGCUUGCCAUCGAAAUGACUUACCCCAUCGCCGAGGGAACGUCUAGUGGACUACUCAACGGUGGCACGCAAUUAAUAGGCUUCUUCCUGACGUCAAUUUACAGUUGGGUGUUUACUACAAUGGGGGACAUGGUAGCCAAUAUGAUGAUCAUCGGACUGCUGGCUAUCGGAUGUCUGUUGACCGUGUUCAUACCGACCAGCCUGAAAAGACAAGCGGCCCACAAAGCUCAUAACGAAAAUCAAAAAACGGGUCUUGAACUUAGCCAUUUUCCAUCUUGAACAAGCCAUUAAUGAUAAAGAAUUUUUUUUUUAUGUACCUAUUUUAUUACAAAAUUUGUUAUCA